AGGUAACGCGAAAAAAGAAACAACCGACUUAGAACUAGAAGAAAUCAAAGCAAGAAUCGACGAAGAUGGCUCCGGAAACUUCCUGGACAUUUUCCGAUCCAGAGGCUUCACCAAGGCCUUCGUCACAGUCAUCGCCUUACUGACUUUCCAACAAGCCUGCGGCAGCUACUUGGUCUUCUUCUACAGCCAGACCCUCUUCCAGCAAAUAGGAACGGAUCUUCCACCCGAGAUCUGCAGUAUAAUCCUUGGAGCAGCGCUUCUUCUGAGCAGUUUCACCUCCCCGCCUGUCGUGGACAGAUUCGGGAGACGAAAGACUCUGAUGAUGUCUACAGUCGGGAUUAUGGUCUCAGAAACUUUCCUGGGGGUGUACGUUUAUCUGCAGGAUCAAGGCGUUGAUGUGUCUACCUUUAGUUUUCUGCCGCUCUUAGCUCUUACUGUAUUUAUUUUGAUGUACAACAACGGGUUGGGGCCGUUACCCUACACUGUGAUGGGGGAAAUCUUCCCCUCCAAAGUGAAAGUGCCCGCUUCUGCAGUUGCGGUGUGCUUCAGCUACGUUCUGGGGUUUGUCGUGACUAAAUAUUUCGAGUUUUUCUUUGUUUCCUUCGGGAUGGCGCAGUCGUUUUGGCUGUUCGCCUUCUGCAUGGUUUUUUGUCUAGUUUUCGGGCAGUUUUAUCUCAUCGAGACAGGGGGGAAGAGUUUGGAGGAAAUCCAGGAUAUCCUUCGCAAAUGACGCAAGAGAAGACUUAUGACUUUAAUUGACAGUUGGUCUAAUGACUUACUGUGUAAUACGAAGACAAAAAUAGCAACAUUCAGCAAGCAAGCAAACUCGAGAGACACUAAACUACUUGGGCUUUGUAAUGCACUGUUUGGAAACUUUGGUGUAGUAAUGCAUAUUACUGGAGUUUUUUCCCAACACCAAACCGUUAU